GUAUGAUCUCUUCUGAUAUUGAAAGAGAAAAAUGACAUAACAAUAGAAAAUAAAAAGAGAUGUGUAGAAAACAUACGCAAAGUAACCUUUGGGUGCGACCCAAAGCUGACCGAUGCCGAUUCGCGGGUGGUGCGCCUCGGCUGCUGUCGAUCAAUACGGCUUACAUGUACCCCAAUACUGAAUAGCAACAUCAGAUAUUUCGUCUUUUCAGGGCGGUUCCUUCACCAACACUUCACCAAGCGAGGCACGGGUACAACUUGCAGUCUUAGCCUAAUAUACUAAAUAGGAGCGCAGGGACUGCAAAAAAACAAGAGAUCUAUAUUCGGUCUUAUUCUCAUCAUUGUAGUCUUACACCUUAACCUCCUACUGCUGUCACUACCGUCUAUCAGGUCAAGAUGUCCGAUCUUGACUUUUCUAGCCUGUCACCGAACGAGCUCAGUAACGUACUCAAUGGCCCAGCCCUUCAAGUACCAGCGGGCAUCAUUCCGAAUUUCGCAAACCCACAAAACAAGAACACUAUCUCUUUAGUUGCGCUCAUUCUCUGUUUGGUAGUUGCAUCGACCUCGCUUGCGUUUAGGUUCUAUGUCGGGUAUUUCAAACUAAGGCAAAUACAUGUCGCAGAUUAUUUGAUGUUAUUAGCUUACUUAUUCUGGGUGGUUGUGAUUGUCGGGUCUCUGCGUCGAAUUUCGCAGUCUACAGGCCUCUUCGUCCAUCAAUGGGAAAUGCGCGGAAGGGAUAUGGCCCAAUAUCUUCAGAUAAUAUUUAUGGGGAUGUGCUUCUGGGUUGUCACGAUGGGUCUGGUCAAGUCUUCGAUCCUUAUUGAGUGGAUACGCAUAUUCGCUCCGACCGAUUCACGAACGAUCUUCCAUCGGAGCUGCAAGGCUUUACUUAUAUUCAGCGCCAUCUUCUACACGUGUAUGCUGGUUGCACUUAACCUGUCAUGCUUCCCCUAUCGAAGAAUAUGGGAUAAGACCGUACCUGGAACUUGUGCCAACCUCAAAGUCAUUAAUCUUGUGGCCACUGUCAUUAACUUCAUACUCGACAUAGCUGUCUUGCUACUACCUCAGCGGACUAUAUGGAGACUUAAGUUAUCAACUAUUAAGAAGGUUGGGAUUUCUGCUGUGUUCGCCGUGGGUGUGUUUGCCUGCAUUGCCGCUUGUUGCCUUCUAGAGGCUAUUGUUGAAUGGAUUAAGUCGGAUGAUAUGACUUAUCAUUACUCCGCUGUGGCGCUCUGGGCUAUUGCCGAGUCAACUUGUGGCAUGCUAAUAUUUUGCGUGCCCGUGGUCCCAAAAGUAUUCAGGGGCUUAGAACUCAGUAAACGCAUUCCGUCGAUUAUCAAAUGGCUGAACCUUCCGAUCAGCAAGAUCAAGCGUUCUACCAGGAGUGUGCAAAAUACAUGGCCUCCUACGGGUUUUGGAUUACAAAAGCCUCGCAGAUACCAGUCGAUUGAUGAGCCCAAUUCCAUAAACCUCCGAGGUAUUGAGUCUUCGAGGCCUACGGAUCGACAGUAUGGCAUUGUAUGUACAACUGACAUCACAGUCACGGAAACCUACGAUAACAGUCCUCGUAAAGAUAGAUGGAGCAACCAGUACGGAUGGCUGCCUGGCGUCCGGGAAAGUAGGGUAUGAUUGUGGAAUUACAAAUUCUAAAUUAAUACUAAGUUAGGUAUAAUUGAAUGUGUGCCAAGCCCCCGCAACUCUUUUCACCUCCCAAUGUCUUUCAUCACCUCCUAAAAUAGAUAAGGCUGGCGGCUAGAAAAAAAAAACAGAAAAACAGAUGCAUUUAAUAAAUCUCACGCGAUUGGUUUGCUGGUCAUGUGUCUCGGAUAUGUGCGUAUCAGGUAUUUAACGUACCUACCUCCUAACCUAACCUACCUAGGUAGGAGGUAGGUAGAUGUAGGUAAGAGUUGCAUAAUGCAAUGUGGUAAACGCGGUAUGGAAUGAUGCAUAUACGACCUUUACAACUAAAUCCAACAGGGUUGCAUUUUUCAAUAUCAUCUUUACAGCCUGACCCAAUUAUCAUAAUAAAG